CCCAUUGUUUCAUUUCCGCUUGGGAGUAGCCCUUUCUAGUGUUGUCAGAGACUUCGGUGUAUUGAAAUGUAACUGGCAGUUGCCACACGAACGUAGGUUUCCAUUCGGACAGAUACUCAAUGGUUUUAUAAAGUUAAAAGUAUAAAAACCCAAAAAAAAAGAAUAAAAUAAAAAAUUAGUAGAUUGGUCCAGAGACACGCGAACAAAAUUCGGAAAUUUCUAAAAUGACCAUCCAAAGACUGAAGUGCGACCUUAGCCCCGAGCUAACAACCUGCCUGAAACUAAAGGAUGCAGUGCGUCCCGACUGUUGUCGCGUCGCAGACCCCAUUCCCUACGAUGGCGAGUGCUUUGUGCGAGACAUUGGCAAGGAGCUGGAGAAGCUUAGCCGGCGCCACGAGCGGAUGUUCGUGAAGCGGCGCCGCCUGAUGGAGAUGGCAGUUCCCAACCGUCGCACCUGCCGCUUCGUGCCCAAGUGCGCCUGCCUCUUCAGCAAAACGAUCGAGAUGGUGCGCCCCUGCGACGCCCAGUCCCACACCCGCACCGAGCAGCUUGCCCUGCCCCCUGUCCGCCGGCUGCUCCAGCGGCGUCGGGCGGCUGUCCACAACGGGGACAAGAUCGGCGAAUCGAUCCUCAACCGGUGGCUUCGCUACAGCUACAUGUCCCUGUACAGUCGGCUGGCCAACAUCCAACCGCUUACCAAGCCUAAAAAGAAGAAGAAGAAGUCGGAAAAGGUACUGGCAAAGCACGACCAAUAUAUUCAAAAGUUGGCCAAUCCAAAAAAGGUGCCGUCGCCACCGAAACCAGAGCGCAAGACGGGCACGAGCGAUCGAGCCCGAUUGAAGAAGCUCUCGACCCCGAGGGCUUUCCACGAGGAGGUGAAGCGCAAUUGGGAGCUUACCCCCGAGAUGAAGAACUACAAGGCCUCGAAGCGGCUGAAUGAGAUUUCCCAGCCAGUUCAACGGGAGAACGUUCACAUAAACGAAUCUCCGGAGAAGGUGUCCCCGAACGCCCUCAAAUACAAACCGAGUGCCAGGAUCAAGGAGAUGUCCGAGCCGCUCACCACACGCGAUGCCAACCAGGGACUGGCAGACGUCAAAGAGAAUCCCUUCGGCAUUGCCCCGAAUGCUCUCAAGUACAAGCCCACCAAUCGCAUCAAGGAGCUGGCGGAGCCCAAAGAGUUUGAGAACACGCACAUCCGGGAGAAUCCGUUCGCCAUCUCCCCGGCGGCUCUUAAGGCCAAGGCCUCGCCGCGCCUCAUCGAACUGGCCAAGCCCAAGGGCGGAUAGUGUGGAGGUGGACCCUGAAGAUGUGGUCACAGUCCCUUCCCGUGUCCAUGCACUCACGUACUGUUUUUUGGCAAUUUGGUUACUUAAGAUUAGCGUUUUUCUUUCGGCCUUGUUUGGUUUCACGUUUCUUAAUAAAUUUUUAGUAAAA